CCCUUCUCGGAAAAAACCCUUCACAUUCCUCUCUCUUUCCUCUUCACAUUCAUAUAUACACAUCUUCAAUCUCAUUCAUCAUCAUUCACAAUUAUUCACAACUCAAAAUCUCUCUUCUUUCAUCUAUUCUAAACUCUUUCUUUUCCAAUGGCUUCACAAAACACUCAACUCCAAUUCCAAGACUCACUACCUUUGAUGGCAAACAAGCUUGGUGGAGAUGGACUAAUAGACGAGCUUUGCAAUGGAUUCAAUCUCUUGAAGGAUUCUACUAAAGGGGUUAUCACGUUUGAAAGCCUUAAGAGGAAUUCAUCUUUGUUUGGAUUACAAGAUUUAAGCGAUGAGGAUUUGAGAAACAUGAUUGUGGAAGGUGACUUUGAUGGUGAUGGUGCUCUUAGUCAGUUGGAGUUUUGUGUCUUGAUGUUUAGACUUAGUCCUGAACUCAUGGAUGGGUCUAAGUUAUGGUUGGAAGAAAUGCUUCAACAAGAGAUUAAGGAUUUUUUGUAAUUUUUCUUCUUCUUUUGAUUUAGGGGAAUUUUAACAUUUGUAAAAAC